AUGGGGCCAGGAGACUCCGGGAACCCUUCACAUUCCAAAGAACCGGCACCGUUUGCGCUGGUGGGCCUGCUCUUCUGUGAGGACAGAGGCCAGCCCCCUCAUCCACCUUCGGGCAGGCCCCGGCCAGCCAUCCUUGACCCCCAGCCCCGAGCCCAGCUCACCCAGGAGCAGGGCAGGCAGCGGCAUUCGCUCGGGGAGACGGCAAACCAGCUGCGCGCUCACGGCUCCAAGGUGGUGGCCGCCGUGGGCGACGCGGUCAAGAGCAUUGACAACGUGGCGAGCGCGCUGUCCAAGCUGAGCGAGCUGCACGCCUACGUGCUGCGCGUGGACCCGGUCAACUUUAAGUUCCUGUCCCACUGUCUACUGGUUACGUUGUCCUCGCACUUCCUCGCCGACUUCACGGCCCACGCGCACGCCGCCUGGGACAAGUUCCUGUCCAUCUUGUCCGGCGUCCUGACGGAGAAGUACCGCUGAGGCCGCCGCAGGACCCCUAGAACAGGCUUCGAGCCCUCCUCUUCCCCUGCACCCUAUUAGUGUU